CUGACACUGACACUAGACACUGACAUUUCAAUCUUGGCACCUGCCAAAGCCAAAAUACCAAGGAAGGAGAAAAAGUUUAAUUAAUCAGUGAUCACUCAGUGACCUAGUGUAAAAAUGUUGAGAUCUGCGAUUUUAGUGGAAAACGUCUUUAAAAACGGUUCCAAGGUUCUUGGACCCGUUUCAAACGGACGAUGGCAGCCACAGCAGACACAAACCAGAAAUUUAAAUGUUCACGAACACAUCAGCUACACAUUGCUAAAAGAUGGUGGUAUCACAGUUCCAAAUUUCGGCGUAGCCAAAACUAAACAGGAAGCCAGACAAAUCGCAGAAAAACUCAACACCAAAGAGCUAGUACUAAAGGCACAGGUGUUAGCUGGAGGCCGAGGCAAGGGUAGCUUUAAAAAUGGGCUUAAGGGUGGAGUCAGAAUGGUAUACAGCCCUGAAGAAGCAGAAGAGAUUAGUGGUAAGAUGCUGGGACAAUAUUUAGUAACCAAACAAACAGGGGAAAAAGGUAGAAUAUGUAAUGCAGUCAUGGUAACAGAGAGGAAGUUUCCAAGAAAAGAGUUUUAUUUUGCAGUCAUGAUGGAACGUGCCUUUAAUGGUCCAGUCAUCAUAGCUUCUUCUCAAGGAGGUGUAAACAUCGAAGAAGUAGCCGCAGAAAACCCAGACGCCAUCCUCUACGAACCCAUUGAUGUUGUGAAAGGCCUAACCAAAGAACAAGCCGAAAAAGUAGCAGUCAAAGUCGGCCUCGAAUCUCAGAAAGAAAAAACCGCUGAUAUGCUUUUGAGAAUGUACGAUCUCUUUACCAAGAAAGAUGCACUUCUAAUCGAGAUCAAUCCAUACGCUGAGGAUGCUGGUGAAAAAUAUUUCUCUCUGGAUGCAAAAUUCCGAUUCGACGACAACGCCCAAUUCCGCCAAAAGGAGCUAUUCGCCCUCCGCGAUUGGACCCAAGAAGACGAGAAGGAAGUGGCCGCCGCCAAGUUCGACUUGAACUACAUCGCUUUGGACGGCAACAUCGGAUGCAUGGUCAACGGCGCUGGUCUCGCCAUGGCCACCAUGGACAUCAUUUCGCUUCACGGCGGUUCCCCUGCCAACUUCUUGGACGUCGGAGGUGGCGCCACCGCACAAGCUGUAAAGGAAGCUUUCAAAAUCAUCACUGCCGAUCCCAAAGUGCAUGCUAUACUCGUUAAUAUUUUUGGAGGUAUCAUGAGGUGUGACGUCAUAGCCGAAGGUAUCAUUGCCGCCGCCAAGGAAUUGAGCCUCAAGAUGCCCAUCAUCUGCCGACUUCAAGGAACCAACGUCGACGACGCAAAAGUAUUAAUAGCCGCCUCCGGCCUCAAAAUCCUUCCAGUCGACAAUUUGGACGAAGCCGCCAGAUUGGCGGUCAAACUGUCUAAUAUCGUUAGCUUGGCGAGGGAUGCCAAAUUAGACAUUAAUUUCGAGAUGCCCCUGUAAAUUCAUUUUAAAUUAAUUUUAUUUAUAUUAAUACCCGAGAAGGGAUCUAUCGACAAAGGUUUUAGGUAUAUUUCGCCAAAAAGGCGACGUGAGCAUGAUGAUUUUUGUAAGAUUGCUCGUUGUUGAUACUGGAAACAGUUUUUUAGUUCUCGUAUUCUUUUUAAAUUCAAUUGCUUCAUUUUGUUACUUCCUCUUCUUCCACCUUUCCCUCUGAAUACUAGAAAAAUAGCUACUGGUGCCGACAAAUUUGAAUUUAACACUCUACCACCUCCUAAGACUGACCUCUUCCACACUUUUUUAUGAUUUCCUCUAAACAAUUUUUCUCAGUGUAUAUUUUUCGCAAGCGGAUAUGCGUAAAACCUUUGUGUUUAUCCUCGAUUUGUUUAGAAAUGUCACUCAAACGAAUUUGCACACGAUAUUUAUGACUGCACUUUGCUUUUGAUGUCGAUAAGUUAAAAAAAAUAACAGCAGAUGAUCGAUUAGGUUAUGAUAAUCUAUGCGUACUGCUGCACGUAUUUAGGCUCAAACCGAUCAAAUAUUCCUGCGGCAGAUUACCAACUGUAAACAAAAAAUUCAGGAAGAGGAUACCGAUGAGAGAAUUAAAAAAUAUAAUUGAAAAAUGAGAUCUACACAGUAGUGAUGUUGAAAAAGUAACUUCGUUACAAAGUACUCGUUCCUUAGGAAUACCGAAAGUAACGGUUACUAUACGAAGAGGCAAAUCGUUACUUUGAUUACUCUGAUUACUGCAUACCAAUCGUAUCAGAGCGAGUAACGACUAUUAUAUCUACUUUGAUUACUUCGUUAUUUCGUACCAAUCGUAUCAGAGCGAGUAACGACUAUUGUAUCUACAACCUGUGCACUUGAUUACUUUCUACCCAUCGUAUCCCAGCGAGUAACGGACGGGACCCGUAUUUUACGAGUGUUAUCGAAUAUCGUUAUCGGUUUGAAGCGUUGUAAGGGUGUGAGGGCGAAGAGAAGAUAGGGUGGUAUACGUAAAAUAUGUAAUGUAUGUCACUAAUAAAGAUCGAAUGCGAGAACCCUAUAUUUUUAUCUAUAUCUAUACCUAUACAAAAUACCUACCUACUGAGAAAUACGAUUCUCGAUAUGAUUACCGGUACUCAAAUACAAAAGGAACAAAAGUAAUCAUAGUAAUCAAAGUAUCGAAUACUGUAAAUGAUUACUUUAUACAAAAGUAACGAUUUGUAACGAAUACUCGAAAGUAACUGUAAUCAACAUCACUACUACACAGUCACCGAGUUCAUAAAACCAAAACUCGUUGUUACCAGAUCAACACUCCGGCAGAACUAUUCUCUAUGUUGUGGCGAACCUCGUAUUAUAUCGUUGCUGAUGAUCUAUCUCGUUUUUAUCACGUGUAUACGAUCUUAUGAUACAGUUUUAGGCAUAAGAGCUGAAACAGACUUACAGAUUAAAAGCCUGACGUGACAAUGUAAAAAAUGGUAGUUUUUCCAUUCAUAAGAGCGGAAAAAAGGGAAAAAAAUGAAGCGUCGAAAAACCGUAUACCAUUGUUCCAUACAAUUAGAUCUUAUUCGAGUGAUUUUGCUAUUGCGCAUAAAAAAUCCACUCGACAAGCAACAGGCAUGCGCACCAUACAUGAUUCGUUAUUUACAGUUGGUAAUCUGCGUUGUGAAUAUCGGAAAAGUAAAAAAUUUUGUAUACGUAUGAAAUUAAUAUAUUGGUUGAUUUAUUUUUUGUGGAUUUUGGAACGAAUGGAAAGAGACUCCUUGUAGUAUGAACUAUUUAUUAUUCGGUUUUAAUGAAAAUUGUAGUACUUGAAAGAGUUCUUGGAAUGUUGUACUCGUUAGUAGCGUAAUGAUGCAAGCUUCCUGACUGUUUUAAUUGUAAUGCAAUGAGAGCAAGUAGGCUUUAUACUGUUGUUUUCGUGAGAUCAAGUGAUUUUUAGUUGUUAUAUACCUUUUUGCCAUUGGUUAAUCUAUCGCUAGUCCUUGGACCGUUGUUUUAACGGCCUAUGUGACAGUUUAUAAUACUUAUUCAACCUUUAGGACCGUUGUAGCCGUUAUUCCUAAAAAAUCGCCAUUUUAUGAAAAAGUUGCCAUUUUAUGAAAAUGGCAUAAGUGAGAAAAUUGUCAAAGUACACAUGAUUUUUGUUCAAAUGAAAAUGAAAUUUUCACAAGGAUUGUUUAUUUUAUGUGUAUGAAGAGUUUGCAACUCAAUAAAUUGAGUUAUAUAUUUAUUUGGAUGGUUGUCCAUACAUGAUACCGUAAUUAUUGGUAUUUUAACUAUAAAACAACGUAUUAACUCCCAACAAAUAAUUCAAUUAAAAUACCAGAGUGUACUGGAUCAUUUACUGUCACGCAUAACAAAUAAUUGAGCUCUGUUAGAUAGUAGUUGCCUUCGCGGGUACCCUGGACAAAUUGUCGCCGACAAUUCCUAACCUCACCUAAUACAAAUAAUACCGUUAAUAGAUAAAUAUACACGGUAUAAACUGCUCGUCAAAAGUUAAGGAUAUAGAAAUUUCUGCUGAAUUUUUAUAGUAGAUUUUUUCGUGAACAGAUUAACGGAUUCCGCUAUUUUUUUAUUAUUUUAGACUUUUCUUUAGUAUUUACACAGUUAUGCAAAGGUUUACUCAAACUUUUUUUUGUACUUAUACCGGGUGGAAGAAAAGAAAUGUGUUUCUUAUGUUAAGUUUGAGACGCUCUGUAGGGAGGACGAGGUACAAAUGGGAGUAUAUAUCGAAAUCGUAUUGUAGUCUUAUGUUUUGUGAACAUUUUGUUUUUUGAAUGUCCCUGAUAUCUUUAGAAAUAAAAAAAUAGACGGUUUUGUAAUUUAACAUGUGUUUUAACCGAAACAAAAGUUUGAGAUACCUUGUAGGGAGAAAAAGGCACAAAGGUGAGUAUACCUCGAUAUUUUGUUGUAGUAUCAUAUUUUGUGAAUAAUUUAUUUUUUCAAUUUCUCUGAUAUCUUUAAUAACAAAGAAACUAGACGAUAUUACUCUUUAAUAUGUGUUUUAACUGACGACAUGCGUCACAUCACACAUGUGAAACAUAGAAAAACAUAUUAAAGAGUAACAUCGUCUAGUUUCUUUGUUAUUAAUGAUAUCAGAGAAAUUAAAAAAAUAAAAUAUUCACAAAAUAUGAGACUACAACAUAAUAUCGGGGUAUACUCACCUUUGUGCCUUUUUCUCCCUACAAGGUGUCUCAAACUUUUGUUUCGGUUAAAACACAUGUUAAAUUACAAAACCGUCUAUUUUUUUGUUUCUAAAGAUAUAAGGGACAUUCAAACAACAGCAUGUUCACAAAACAUAAGACUACAAUAUUAUUCUGAUCUAUUCUCACAUUUGCACCUCGUUCUCCCUACAGGGUGUCUCAAACUUAACACAAGAAAAACAUAUUUUUUUCUUCCACCCGGUAUAAGUACAAAAAUAAGUUUGAGUAAACCUUUGCACAACUGUGUAAAUACUAAAGAAAAGGCUAAAAUAAAAAAAAUAGCCGAAUCCGUCUGUACGCGAAAAAAUCAACUAUGAAAAUCAGCAGAAUUUUCUAUAUCCCUAACUUUUGACGAGCAGUUUAUUUACUUUUAAUUAAUAUUAAUAACUAAUUAUAAAAUUAUACUAGGUAAAUAUACCUUGUAUAUUUAUCUGUUAACGAUAUUAUUUAUAUUAUUUUAAAGUGCGCAUGCGUUUUCUGACAAUUUAUCCCAUUUUCUGACAAUUUCAGGCACCCGCGAACGGGACUAUUACUCGAGAGAUUUUGUUAAUGCGCCUCAAAAAUCCACUCGACAUGCGCACCAUACACUGUCUCGUGUUUACAGUUGGUAAUCUGCUGUGACAUCGUAAAAGUAAAAAAAUUGUAUGCGUAUGCUAGUCAUAUAUUGAUUGAUUUGUUUUUUGAGGAUUUUGGAACGAAUGGAAGCAAUAUUAAAGAAAAUCGUUACUACGUAAACCAUCCUUUGGUUUUAACCUUCGUUGGGGGGCAUAGGUACAAUUGUAACUUUUCAGUUUUUAAAUUGUGAUAACUUUUUUUAUUAAAGAGAUAAAGACUUGAACUUUUGUGACAUCUCUACAUUUAUCCAGUACAUUAUGUAAGCCAAAUAUAACAAAGAAAUAUUCAUUCAGUUCCCAGCAGGGGGCUUACGUUUUUCCUACCCCCAUAAACGACGGCAUAGGUACAUUUGUACCUUGUAUUUUUUUAAUAAUUGUUAUAAAAAAUCAAUACAUUUUGUAUUUAAAUGAUAGUUUAUUUGAAACAAAAAUCAAAAAUGAAUGUUAGUGUGGAUUUUCGCAACAUACAUGUCGUUUUAGACAAAGAAUGUUCGUCACACACAGGUAGAAAACAUGCUACACACUUUUUCUCGUUUUACGGCUGUUUUUUCCGUUCGUUUCGGUAAACAUGGUAACUUCCGGUUACUGAAGUAGAUAUACCCGAAGAGGAGUAUCUACAGCAAGAAAAAUAUCUUUAGAAAGAUCCUUCAAAAACUUCUUGCGUUGGUCCUUUUUUGUAAUGGAUUGUGGUCUCGAUAUAAUGUAGGAUGCUAACCAAGGAACGUCAAUCAUAUUACAAAAAAAGCUCAAGUACCAACUCAAUGUUCGACGCUUGAACGUACAUUUACCAAGCAUUUUAUCCAUCGUAUCAACCUCCCUUUAGGUUUACUCUAAUUCUGAAUCGUUUCAGGCUACUUGUCCUGUCAUAUCCAUGGACGAGAGUAACACUACUGCUUUGUUUUUCUUUAGCAAAUAAGAACAUACGGUAGCAUCAUGAUUGUAUGCCAGAUUUGUGGAAAAACAGCCCUAUCAGUUUCCUAGAUUGCUUUCAUAUUGGUAAGCAAAAAUCUCUUAUUUUUUUUUUCUAAAUGAGCCCACGAAUUCUAGACUUUAGCGAGUUCAAAACUGGUCAAAAGUUAUCUGUGGUAACCUUUCGCCCAGAACCUUUAUAAGACGUGACCAGAUCCAAAACUGUUCGUUUGCCAACGUUAACUUGUCGGGAACAAUAUUCUGUUUUUCAAAUAUAAAGAUGAAUUUGUAUGGGAUAAGGUGUUUGAUGCAUUACAAAUCCAAAAUACGAUGUUUAGUGUGUUUGGAAUAAUAUAUUGUGUACAUUUUGUAGGUAUGGCCUCUAAACGGAAACAAUUGUUCAUCUAUGGUUAUGCAUUGGGAUGGUUUGUAGUUUUGUUGCACAUUUCUAUUCAGCAUUGUACAGAUAUCUCGUAUGAGUGCAGCCUUAUCAGCUUUUUUGCGUUAUUGACGGGUAUUUUCGUUGUCAAAUCUUAUAAAUAUUAGCAUAGUCUUGAGAUGAUCAUGAGACAUAGCUACACGUAUGAGUGGCAGAGGCUCCAUAUUCCCCAUCUCACACAAGUUUUCUUCGUUGAUUCUAUUCAUACUUUUUUUGUCGGCAUUUUGGUAAACUAGAUUUAGAAUCAUUAAUACUAAUGAUAAUUUUCAGGUAUACAUAAUAUUGACAAACGCCAAACAACUAAAUGUGGAUGAAAUCUGUUUCCAGUUGAAACACAAUACAAUGAUACUCUUCUUAGAAUUUGUUUACGACCACUAUUUCCAAAAGUUUAUUGUUGCAGUAAUUCCAAUAAUUUACGAUAGAUAACAGGGAUCACUUAAAAGCGGCUUUCAAUCUUUGUUUGUAAAUCCAUACAAGAACAAAUUACCGAAUAUUACCUAUUAUUCAUUUAUUGCAAUAUUAAACAAUUCUUUAUACCCCAUUCCACGAAUAUACGUCUGUUUUGGAUUAUCGCGACAACGAAUAUUUUACUGUGCAAAAUAUGAAGAACGAAAGUAAAUUGCAAAUUAUAUUGUUGUUUAUUGGAGUAAUUAUUAGUGCAAAAUACUUUCGUACUUCUUAUGUUGCACACUAAAAUAUUCGUUGUCGCGAUAAUCCCAAACAGACGUAUAUUCGUGGAAUACACUAUACCAGUUAUACUAGCAAUAAAUAAUAUUAUCUUAAAACUAACAAAUAUUACCUUUAGAUUAAGGAAUUUUUAAGAAAAUAUGUUAUAGGUACAAUUGUACCUAUGCCGUCUGUUACCGGUGUAAAAUUAUGCCGCUCGACAAAGGUUAAUGAUACAGUGCAUUGAAGAGUUUUUGGAGUGUUCUACUUGAUGGUAACGUGAUGGAACAAGUGGCUUGAAUGUUUUAAUUGUGAUCAACUGAGAAAACGUGAUAUUUAGAUAUAUAUGUAUAGCUCUUUGCCAGUAACUAAACGAUCCCUAGUCCUUCUACCGUUUUUUGUGUUGUUCCAAACAAUUUUAGCACUGAAAAAGCUUAACGAAAGAGUAGAAGAAGAGAAUAGAUAAAAUCAUUAAACAACGAAAUGGACUUGGUAUAGUGUACACCAUAGCAUGCAACGUACUUAUCUUUUGGUUUGGUACUGUUGUCUGGGAUAUUUCGCAAUGUAUUGGACUGUUAUUUCCUAUCCAAUAAGGUCUCAACAAAAAUAUAGGUAACUAUGUAUCAUGACGACUUCUAAUAUACACGAGUGUAUUUUAUCAAGUUUCGGUAAGAAAUUGUACUCUAUCAAUUCGAGUAGUGGCAGUGGAAUUGAAAAGAAAGAAUAAAUGAUCUGUAGAUCGCUGUAGUGUAUUCUAUCUAUUUUAAAGUAGUAAUAACUCAACAGUAACAUUCGAAUUCUUUUUUGUACUGCAAAUUGAAUUUCUUGCUUUAAUAAUAAUAAAAAACUACAUGAGCAAGGUCGUAACUGGCGUAGUUUGAGAAAAUUAAAUUUACACAAUUUCGGCCUUUCUCUAAUCAGUCAUAUCAUAAAACUAUUCUAAUGUCAUUUGUCAUGAUUAGCUGAGAGUACUACCCAGUCAAAAAUUGGCCCACGGCAUGUUUCAAUAGACUUAACACAUUUAAUUUUUAUUUUUUCUCAGAUCUGGAGAAAUUCUAAUCUUAGCUCGUAUCUUUUACAUUAGCAAUGACGUCACAAUUUCCCUAGCCCAAAGAAAUUUUUCCGGUUUACUCAUCUACUUUUACAAAAAUAUUUAUUUUCUGUUUUACUUUUUAAGUAUUGGUGUUAAUUUAAUCGGACAAAAGCAAAACAACGUGUGAUAGUCAGUGUUUACCAUGAAAUUUUGUUAAAAAUCAGUUGAUUGUUACUAUUAUGAUAUAUAGUUAUAUGUACAUAGUAAUUUUAACCUACCGUUAACAGUAUCCAGUUGAAACCAGUUAUGUAAAUGUCUAAAUGGGAUUUUAUCGAAUGUCAAAAGCUUUUUCGAACCAUCCCCGACUAUUUAAUCCUUCCAAAGAAACUUGUGUUAGCGGGGUGGAUUUUUAUAUUUGUUUACUAUAUAUAUUACUAUAUAGUAAGUGUAUUCUGUACUAUUGGAAAUAAUUUAUAUUUAUUGAUAUUAUUUCAUGAAAUAAAUGUGAAAUUAAA